UUGACGUACGAUUGCAUAACCUUCAAAUUAAUUUAAUAUGAUGUCAAACACAAAAUGUUUAUUUAUAAUAAUUAAGUCAGUAAGUAGGAAGUCUUUAAACAAUCUUUUUAGCACCAUGAAGAUCUAACCUCAAUUGUAAAUAUGAGUCGCCCAUUGCAAUUAAUCGAAGAUGCCGUCGAGGCAGCCCGUAGGGCUGUACAGUUCGACUCGAAUGGGCAACAAGAUCCCGCUAUAUACUUCUACAACAUCGCGGCGAAGAACCUAAACCAAGCCGCUCAAAUUAGCGAACCGGAGAAGGCACAAUCUCUUAGCAAAAAGGCCCAGGAGUACGCCGCUCGAGCUGCCACCCUAACGAAUGCUAAAAACUCGCAGACGCACGUCAUUCAGGAGGAUGUCCACAAACAGCGGAUGCGUCGGUGCCACUUCUUGCUCGAACAGGCUUUGGACGCGGACGCCGCCGGUUUAAAAGACGAUGCCAUCCAGCUGUAUGCCAAUGCGAUCGAGUACGUAACUCAAAACUCGGAGCUGUUGCAUGGAGAAUUGAAGGACGUGAUCAUUCGCGGUCUGGAACGUGCCGAGGAGUUGAAAGGAGUUAGUAAACGUACCCCUCCGGCGACUCCAUCGUCACCACCAAAAGCCGCUCCGAGUGCACCCCCAAUGUCUCCGAUAGCCGAAAGGCGAAUACCCAAAUUGCACAGGGGAACAAGCGCUCACUUAAAAGUAACCGGUGGCUCCGAUACCUACACCGAAGAGGAGAAACGCGUCCUCUUCCACACCUCUAAGAUCAACAACAACGAAUUCGUACCGUUCAUGUCGAUCGAUCUAGCCGAAAAGUUUCAGUACGCCAUUCCCUUUACAGACAAGGACGGGACGCUGGCACUUUCACCGAAGCAAAGAAAGGAGUUCGCUCGUUGGGUGAGACCGGACGAACUCUGCCAGGAGCCGUGCGUUUUGGCACCCGAGUCGCCGAACUACUACAGCAUCAAGCAGACUGUAAUAUCGGAUUGUUCGUUCGUCGCCAGUUUGGCUGUGAGCGCAUCGUAUGAGAAACGAUUCGGUCGCAAGUUGGUUACGGCCAUCAUUUAUCCCCGAAAUAAGGAGAAGCGUCCUCUGUACAAUCCGUUUGGGAAGUACAUGAUAAAAUUGCAUUUGAAUGGCGUCACGCGUAAGAUCAUUAUUGACGAUUUGCUGCCGAUGAAUCGGUAUGGGCAACUGCUGUGUUCGUACUCGAAUAACAAGACGGAGUUCUGGGUGUCCCUACUCGAAAAGGCCUACAUGAAGGUGAUGGGUGGAUAUGAUUUUCCAGGUAGUAACAGUAGUAUCGACUUGCACGCUCUGACUGGUUGGAUACCGGAGCGAAUGGCCAUACGUCCCAAGGAUCCCGAUUUCAAUAAAGACGCGUUAUUCUCUAUACUGAGCAGUCGGUUAACGAAGGGUGACGUUUUAGUAACCGUCGCCACCGGUGACUUAUCGGACGCGGAAGCCGAACGUACGGGACUGGUACCGACCCACGCCUACGCCGUCAUGGACGUGCAGAAUGUCGAAGGUGUUAAAUUGCUGAAGUUGAAAAACCCGUGGUCUCACUUGCGCUGGAAGGGCAACUACUCGGAGUUGGACAGGCGGCAUUGGACGCCUCAUCUGCAACAGACUCUCAACUUUGACCCGAACAGUGCCGCGCAGUUUGAUAAUGGAGUUUUUUGGAUCGACUACGAUAGCAUCUGCGCAUUCUUCGACGUGUUUUACAUGAAUUGGAAUCCGGAGCUCUUCGAUUACACGUACUGCCUGCACCAGUCUUGGAGUGCCGGCACGGGACCCGCCAAAGAUAUGUACACGAUCGGUUCUAAUCCUCAGUUUUCCUUAGACGUUCCAGGAAGCUCAUCUGGGGCAGUGUGGAUAUUGCUCACGCGUCACAUUACUGCGAUUGAGGAUUUUAGAGAGAAUAGCGAAUAUAUCACUGUCUUAGUCUAUAAAGGGAACGGAAAGCGAGUAUACUAUCCGAAUGAUCCACCACCAUACAUCGACGGUGUUCGCAUUAACAGCCCGCACUAUUUGUGCAAAAUUAUUCUAAACUCCAGCUCUAGCCGUCGCUACACGUUGGUAGUUUCACAGUACGAAAAAACUCAAACAAUUUAUUACACCCUGCGCGCUUACUCGACGACUCCUUUUAAGCUCAGCAAAAUAGAGGACAACUACGUGCGGCACAAGGAAGUGGCGGGCGAGUGGAGCGCCGUUACCGCCGGCGGCUGCGGAAACCAUCCCCAAACUUACAAAAACAACCCGCGCUACCGCUUGGAGCUCAACAGCGCCACCAACGAUAACAAAAUUUUCAUCGAACUAAAAGGACCGAAGCAAUAUCAGAUUGGAUUCGACGUCACCAUUGCCAGCGUAAACGAUACUGACAUCACGGCGCCUUUCCGAACUACGUCAUCGGGCCCUUACAGAUCUGGUUUCGUGGUUUUGGAGCUCGAGAGUAUUCCGGCUGGAGUUUUGCAUAUCGUUCCUACAACAUUUCAACCCAAUCAGCAGGGUCCGUUUAUUUUGUCUGUCAAAGCCACUUCGUCCAUUGAGCUUGUGCGAGAGAAAUGAUGCCUUUAAGUGAUUAUACAGAUUCGCUUUUAUAGCUAAUUUAUUUUUUUACAUGAUGUCCGUUACUAUAAUAUGUGAUAUAAUUGACGCUUGACAAGAGCACAUAAUUGCAAAUAAAACACUCAAUUUAUGUUAGUUUU